CCGGCGCCGCCGCCCAUGGCCAUCGACGCCAAGCCCGCCUCCCCGGCCCCCGAGGAUCCGCCCGCCGACGACCCCAUGGACGCCGAGGCCGAGGCCGAGAAGGCCGAGUCGGACGCCGAGGAGCAGGAGGAAGAUGGGGAUGAGGAGGAGCAGCAGCCCAAGAAGCGGGGCAGGCGGAAGGAGCUCGCGGGGGAGGAGCGCGCGCUCGCCAGCCCCGCGUCCGAGAGGCCCUCCAGGGAGAGGAAGACCGUCGAGAGGUACGCCGAGCUCACCCCGCGCUCCACCUCCGCCAAGAAGACCACCGUCAUCCUCCAGGGCUCUGGGACGAUGCUGAAGGACAUCCCAAACGUUUCCUUUAAACUGUCAAAGAGAAAAUCAGAUGAGGUUCUUCAGAGUCUUCAUACUAUAAUGUUUGGGAAAAAAUCAAGGGUCCAUUUUUUGAAAAGGAAUAUAUCCCAGUUUUCUGGUUUUGUUUGGAUUGAAAAUGAAGAUAAGCAAAGAACCAAGAUAAAGGAUAAGCUUGACAAGUUUCACAAGGAGAAGUUGCUUGAUUUCUGUGAAAUACUUGAUGUCAAUGUCAAAGGGACAUUAAAGAAGGAGGAAGUUUCUGCCAAAUUGCUCGAGUUUUUGGAGUCUCCUUGCAUUACAAGAGAUGUUGUUCUCACUGAAGUAAAGAAAGGGAAGAAACGUGGGAGAAAGUCUAAAGCAAGUGGCCAGGCAUCUGCUGAAGGUGCUUCUGGAGAGAAGAAAAAGAGGAAGAGUCGGAAACAAGCAGUUGAAGCUGAGAAAGAGAAUGAUGAAGAAGAUGCUGGUCCUGCUGGUUCUGAAGAUGUACCAAUGGGAGAAGAUGAUGAUGACUCUGAAGCGCAAGAAGAUGCUGGGAGUGAUGAAGAGCCUGAGGAGACUCCAGCUAAGAAAAAAUCAACAGAUGGGAAACAAGGAAAAAAGGAAGCUGGUUCUAAGGUGAAAGAAAAUGAUGCAUCAGGAAAGAAGGCUUCAACCAAACCUGCAAAAGCAAAGCCAGAUGUGGAACCGGAGAGCAAAAAGGCUGGCAAGAAAGCCUCGAAGAGUUCAACAAAAGAGCCUAAUACGCCUGUGGAUAAGGCCAACAAGAAGGUUUCUAAACCAAAAAAGGAUGAGAAAGAAAACCAAAGCAAUAAUAAGACUCCCAAGAAGAGAGGUGCCAAGGCAUCCAGUGAAAAUAAAGGAAAAGGCAAGGGUAGCACUGAUGCUGGGUCAGCCCCGACCACUAAAGAGUUGCAUGCUGUUGUCAGUGACAUAUUGAAAGAAGUGGACUUCAAUACGGCAACUCUGGCAGACAUUCUCCGGAAAUUAGGAGCUCACUUUAAGAUGGACCUUAUGGAUAGGAAGUCUGAGGUGAAGCGCAUCAUAGAGGAAGUCAUCAACAGCAUGUCUGAUGAUGAAGGCGAGGAAGAGAAUGAUGAAGAUGCAGAAGAAAAUGGCAAGAAAGAGAAUUCAAAGGAGGAUCCUGAUGAGGAUGAGAAAUAAUCGACCUGGUCAGCUGUGAUGCGGUUGGGCCAAGCUCCUGUAUUUUUCUGGUGUUCUAGGUUUGUGUUGGUGUUGGGCCUGUACAAUGGUGGCACCACAACAACCAAUCGGUGGCCCGGGCAGUGCUAGAUUGUUGGCCAUUUGAUAGCCCUGCACACCUGGCUGGUUGUUGUGCUUGACUUGUGGUAUUGACCUGUAGUCUAGCUGCCGGUCAUGUACAAUAGAUGUUUUGUUAUUGUUGCUUAGGUAGCUAGCCCUGACUGUAAACUGCAGAAUAUGUUUUGAUGUCGUUUCCUUCUAUUUAUCCAUGUAAAACAGUGUAUCCUUGUGUUUGCAUUCCAUUGGAAGGGCCGUCUCUUCAGGUGAUUAUUCUGUUCCAUGCA